AUGCAACAGAAAAGACAAUCUAUUAUUAAAAAUAAAAGUGAAGCUUAUCCUCAGAAAAGUGUAAAUUUGGGAAAUAAAUUGAAAAAUAGAACCAAAAAUGUAAAUAGUAAAAUAAAAGUUGUUGUAAGAAAAAGGCCAAUAAGUGAAUUAGAAAAAAAAAAAAAAGACAAUGAUAUAAUUACUGUUAAAGAUAAUUGUACUAUAUAUAUAGAUGAACCUCGAUAUAAGGUUGAUAUGACUAAAUAUAUUGAAAGACAUGAAUUUAUUGUAGAUAAAGUAUUUAAUGAAGAUGUUGAUAAUUAUACAGUUUAUUUAAAUACUAUUAAACCAUUAUUAGUUGAUAUUUUUGAAAAUAAUUGUGUAUGCUCAUGUUUCGCAUAUGGCCAAACAGGAAGUGGAAAAACUUACACAAUGCUUGGAUCUCAACCAUAUGGGCAAAGCGAUACACCAGGGAUAUUUCAGUAUGCAGCAGAUGAUAUAUUUAAUUUUUUAAAAAUAUAUGACACUGAUAAUAAUAAAGGUAUAUUUAUAUCAUUCUAUGAAAUAUACUGCGGUAAGUUAUAUGAUUUAUUACAAAAAAGAAAAAUGGUUGCAGCAUUGGAAAAUGGAAAAAAAGAAGUUGUUGUCAAAGAUUUGAAAGUUUUAAGAGUACUAACAAAAGAAGAAUUAAUUUUAAAAAUGAUAGAUGGAGUUUUAUUAAGAAAAAUAGGAGUAAAUUCUCAAAAUGAUGAAUCAUCAAGAUCCCAUGCAAUAUUAAAUAUUGAUUUAAAGGAUUUAAAUAAAAACAUUUCAUUAGGAAAAAUUGCUUUUAUAGAUCUAGCAGGAAGUGAAAGAGGAGCAGAUACAGUUUCACAAAAUAAACAAACACAAACUGACGGUGCUAAUAUAAAUAGAUCUUUAUUAGCAUUAAAGGAAUGUAUAAGGGCAAUGGAUUCAGAUAAGAAUCAUAUUCCUUUUAGAGAUUCUGAAUUAACAAAAGUUUUACGAGAUAUUUUUGUAGGAAAGUCUAAAAGUAUUAUGAUUGCUAAUAUAUCACCGACUAUUAGUUGUUGUGAACAAACUUUGAAUACUCUACGCUAUUCAUCAAGAGUAAAAAACUUUAAAAACAAAACUAGUACGAAUGAAGAUGAGGAUGGUAAUAAUGAAAAAAUAAGCAUAUUAGAUUCUAAGAAUACUGAAUAUAAUAAUGCAAAUAUAGAAAAUAUCCCAAUUAAAUCAAGCAACUAUAUGCAAAAUAAUAAAAUUAGUAUUAAAUUAAAUGACAUAAAGGCGAAAAAUAGCACUUUAAAAUCUAAAAAUAUUGAUAAAAAUAAAGAUAUCUCUAUUCAUGGAAAGUUUAAUUCCAUCAAUGAUUUUGAUAAAAUAAAAAAAAAAAAAAAAAAAAGCCUUUUAAAUUAUGACAAUAAUUUAUAUUACGAUAAUGCAGCAAAAAAACAUAAUAUUGCACAGCAAAAUUAUACUUUUACAGAUACGUCUGAUUUUUCUUCAAUUGAUGAAAUGAAUUGUAACCUAAAUAAUAAUGAGAAAAAUAUCUUUUUAAAUAAUAAAAAUGGUAAAUCAGGUAAAAUAAAAAGUAGAAGUAGUUGUGACACCACUAAUAGCAAAAUGAAAAAUGACAUAUUAUUCAGACAUAGUGCAGGGAAUGUGUUACCUAAUUUUAAAUAUGAACAAGAACAAAUAAAAGAUAAGAUAUUUUUAAAAAGCAAUAAUUUAGAUAAAGCAAAAGAUAAAUUAAAUAAUAUGAAUAAUUUUUAUAAUGUGAUCACUGACAAAACGACAGCUAAUAAAAAUAAUACUAGUGCACAAUCCAUCAUUCAAAAAAGAAAUAUAAAUGAAAAAGAAAAUAACAAGAAUAGUGAUAAUAUAUUUUUUGAUGCCAUUUCUUAUAAUAGAGAUAAUAGCAAUCAGUUGAAUCCUUAUAAUAAUCAAAACCUUUUCAGCACAAAUAAUAAUUCUUUGAAUAAUCCUUAUAUAAAUAAUAAUGAUACUUAUAUGAGUAGUGCAAUGAAUUAUGAUUAUACCUUACUAGAUAAAAAUUCAUAUGUGGAUAUAAAAAACAGAUCAGAACAGACAAUUAAUAUUUUUAAUAAUAAUGAGGGAAAUAAUAAUAAUAAUUUUGAAAAAAACAGUAAUGAGUUUAAUAAUAAUUUAUCAAGCAUUAAUGCUAUAAUUUCUGAAUCUUCUGCAUAUAAUAAUGAUUUUUAUGACUUAAACUACCAUUCUAAUAAUAAUAAUAUAAUAAAUAAUAAUACAUGUAUAAAUAAUAAUAAUAUCUUAAAUGAUUAUUUAAAUUUGGAUCAGAAUUAUAGUUCUAACACUGUAUUUAAUUCUAAUGCAAGUAAACAUAUUGAUAAAGAAAAAAAAAAAAUUGUGAAUAACGAAGAAAUGGAUAAAAAUAAUGAUGAAAACACAAAUAAAAUAAGUAAUUUUUCAAACAGUGAAUAUCUAAAUCAAUUUCAGAAUAAUAUUAAUAAUAUGUUAAAUAAUUGUUUAAAUUCUUUAAAUAUUACAAACUUAUACGAAGAUACACAAAAUAUAUUAAAUAACAUUUUGCUAUCAAAAUACAAAACAGACAAAGAUUCUGUUAUAAAAAAAUAUAUUAACGAAGACAUUAAUAACAUGAGUUUAGAAGAGUUAGAUAAGUAUGCGCAAUUAAUUUAUGAAAAAAGAAAAAUUAUAUUAAAUAAACUUCUUUUUUUAUUUAAGAAAAAUGUAGAUAUUCAGACAAACAACGAAACAAGUGAUUUAAAAAAAGAUUUGGUUAUGUGCCACAUAUGUAGUAAUAAUCCAGAUGAUCAAUUUCACUAUUAUGCAUAUAGUAGAUUAGAAAAGGAUAUUAUUAAUUUGAUAAUGCUAAGACAGUUUUGGUGCGAAAGUGAAAAUUUAAGAUUAUUACAUCAAUACCUAACAAUAGAAUAUCAAAAUAGAUCAGCCAAUUCUAUUUUAUUUAAUGUUCCUAAUAAUAAUGAAAAUAGUUCUUCAUUAAAUAAAAAAUAUGUAGAAGAUAUAAAAAAUAGUCAGGAUAUUAAUUUUAAUAAAAAUGAAAAUAAUAAUAGUACUAAUACUAAAAUGAAUUAA